UUGAAAUUCAGACUCCAAAACCAAGCCUAUAUAAGAGCCCUUCAGUUUAUCCUUCAACGAACAAAAAUCAGGAAGACUUCCUAAGAUUUGGUCAGUUUGGUGUUCGUUAAGGUUAUCAAGACAGAACAGAUGGAUCGAAUCAUGGAGCUCAAGAGCUUAUCAAAUGCCAUGAAUAAUACAGCAUUCUACCCCUCACCCCUUAGUCCAGCAAAUGUAAGAAAUGGUGAAGCUAAUAAAAAGAAAGUCGUUGAAGAUGUUUGCAGGAGCUUUGAGAACUAUCUGAUAGAGAUGAUUGUUGAAGAGGGUAAAAUGGGGGACUUGAAAGACGUCGAAGAGCUUCUUUACUGCUGGAAGAGCCUCACUAGUCCCCUUUUUAUUGAUUUAGUAUGCAGAUUCUACAGGGAGAUAUGCAAGGAUUUGUUUUCCACUACCAGCAAAGACGAUAAGUGAAUCACCCAAGCAACUUGCACACUAGAAUUGGCUUCUACAAAAAUGCGGAUUUUAUUAUCUGGUUUUAGCAGCACAACCAACUACUCUUUCCUAGUCGUCGACUUAUAGAAUUUAUGGAGGAGAUGUUUCCUCUCAUUGAAGCAAGUACUAAGAUAACCGUGAUCGACAUAUUUACAUUUCAUUGCAGUCAAAAGUAUAGAGAUGUUGCUAAGAUUUAUCAAUCAAUAUGCAAGAAUCAAAAUUUAAUAAAUUUUAUCAUCAAUUCAUCAAACA